GGAGCCUUAGGGAGGCGUCUAAGGGCCAAUAAAGAGCGUUAGAUAAAUCCAUCACAGGCCUGUGGAUUACAGUAAUCCCAUCCACUCUCUCGUUUGGGUAGCACACACUCAUCACAUUCCAGCAGCUGAAGAGGAAGAUGGAGGUCACUGCUCGGUGUGCUACUGUACUCUUCCUCCUGCUUCUGUCUCAGGCUCUGAUGGCCGUUCACUCUCAAGAGGAGGAGGAGGAGCUACAGGAGGAGGACCAGCAGGAGAUCGAGACGUGGACAUCAGAUACUAAAACCUGCACCUGUGACUGUGAGUCUGCCGGCUCACCGACCAUCAGCCCACCUGUCCCGCCCACCUCACUGCUGCCGCCACUGCUGCCCCCUCAGGGUGACCUGCUGAACUGCAUGCCAGAAUGUCCUUACCACAGAGCUCUGGGCUUUGAAUCUGGAUCUGUGGAAUCAGACCAGAUCAGCUGCCCCAGUCAGGACCAGUACGUGGGCUGGUACUCCUCCUGGAUCCCCUCCAAGGCUCGCCUUAACAACCAGGGCUUUGGGUGCGCGUGGCUCUCCAAGUUUAACGACCUGCAUCAGUGGAUCCAGAUCGACCUGAAGGAGGUCUCCGUGGUGUCCGGUGUCCUCACUCAGGGCCGCUGCGACGCCGACGAGUGGAUCACUAAAUACAGCAUCCAGUACCGCACGGUGGAGACGCUCAACUGGAUCUAUUACAAAGACCAGACAGGAAACAACAGGGUCUUCUAUGGGAACUCGGACCGCUCCUCCACGGUACAGAACCUGCUGCGCCCCCCCAUCGUAGCCCGAUUCAUCCGCCUGCUGCCGCUGGGCUGGCACACCCGCAUCGCCACCCGGCUGGAGCUGCUCAUGUGCAUGAACAAGUGUCCCUGAAGGCAACACGGCCUGCUCACUGUCCACCUGAUAACCUGCAGCCUGCCAACAAAAUAGAUCCUUGAUGUUACUUUGUUAUAGGACCAGUGGUGGAGAGUAACUAAGUACCUCUACGCACGUACUGCAGUUUUAUACACAUGUGAGGUACUUUACUUAGUUUUUUCUUGUUACUGUAUUUUUCACUGUGCUACAUCUCAGAGGUACAUAUUGUACUUUUUACUCCGCAAGUGACAGAAAAUGAUCACAAAGAGAGAUAAAACAAAUACAAAGAGACUCAAAUCAGCUACAAAGAGACAUAACGACUACAAAAUGACCAAACGAAUUAAAAAGUGACAGAAAACAACAGCCAGAUGUAAAACGGCUGCAAAACGACAACAAAGAGACUCUAAAUGACUAAAAAAAGAGACAGAAAACAACUACAAAGAGACAGAAA